UAGAAGAUCAUUAUUACUUUCAAUAAAUAUCAAAACAAUAACAACAAUAUGACUGCUCUCUCUAGUUUCCUCAAAGCUUCCAAGAAACCCGAAGUUUAUCCUAUCGUCGGUAUUUUGGGUGUCGCCCUCUCUGGUGCUGUCUGGUUUGGUGCUCGUGCCUGUAGAGCUCCUGAUGUAGCCUGGAACCACAAAGGAAACCCUCACCCAUGGCAAGACAUCAAGGAUGGCGAGCAAGUUAAAUUGAUUGCUUUAAAUCAAAAAUACGAUCACCGUUGGGAACGUACCAAGUGGUAAACAAAACUCCAAAAAAAAAAACUCCUUGCAUAUAAACAACAAACGAGGCGAGCGAAAUGAAACACACACACCAACUAUUAUAUAUCUAUUUUACCUUUUUACUACUAUUAUUAUUUAUCCGCGAAUCUCACAUUUACAUAUCUACACAUUACAACCUAAAAGAAUCUAACGGAUAUUUUUACUCUCUAAUAAACAUCUUGAUUUUUGUACUCAAA